CUAAAAAUGACAUCUCUUCGUCCAUCAGAACAGCCAGUACUGACAAAAGCUAGGAAGAGCCAGAACCUUGCUCAGCUAGGAAGGACGCCUUCUAGCUUCUUUAGAAAUAACGGAGCAGCAAUUGAGGCUUUUAAAGAGAAUUCAGUAGCAAAUGGCAAUGAUAUGAAACUCAAUCCUAUAAAAUCAAUCGACCGAAAGAGCAGCUACAACCAAGUUUUCUCCAAAGAAUACUCAACUAAACGAUUUUCCCGUAGGGCCCUUCAGACUCUCUCAAACACUAGACGUGACUUCAUCCCACCUCAAAACACUACUCAUUCUCCUCCCUUCAGACCCAGUAAUCCCCCUACAAAAUUUGAUAUCUUUUCAAACCCCACUUUCAAAAUAGACCGAGCCAAUGAAGGCAGGCAUAAGCUGAACAAGAAAUUACCAGGAAUAGGGGCUUCUUACAAAAGGUUUGGUAACAGACUUGGGAAGGAAGGACCAGGACUCCGUUGAUCAAGAGAGAGAAUUCAAAGAGUGAAGAAAAUUGAAAUUGAAGAUGGUAAGGAGGUACAGAGUGAGGGAUUUGGAGUGGGGAAGUUUGAUGAGAGGGGUGAGAAUGAGUCAAAGACAGUGGAUUUGAGGACGAUUGAGACUCAAGGUUGUGAGAAUAGAGGUGGUAAUCGGAAGAUGGUACCUUCGGUAGGGAGACUGAUGUUUAAAGUUUCUCCUAAAAAUAAGAUUAGAGCAAAACUUAAAUAAUUAUUUUGCAGAGAAUUUUGAGGCUAAUUUGAACACUCACCAGCUCAGAUAUACUAAGGAGCAGGUGAGAAGGGAGAUUGAGAAAAGUUUUAACAGAGCUAUCACACCUAAUUCUGAUGAUCUCACACCUAAAAAGAAGAGGAAAUCUUUGUUUCAAAAUCUAGGGUUUUCAAAAGAAAUUGCUGCUGCAAAAUUUAAGGCGAAAAGGAAAUUUAACUAUUCGGUAGAGCAUCUGCAGAGAAAAAAAACCACGAAUGACUAUGGAUAUAUACUUCCAAAGAUUACCCCAGGAAGACCUAAAGACACUAGAUCCUCUCGUGAUGGUAAAAUAUCUCAGGAUUCCGACCUAAAAUCUUUAUGUCAAAAGAAUUUCAUUCACCAUAGUAUUGAUAGAGCUAAUCUGAAUUCUUAUGUAAAAGAGGAAUUUAAGACGAUAAUUAAAUAAAGUCGGAGUAUCUUCACAAGUAGGGUAUAAUCCGAUGAAUCCCCUGAAGCUCAACCAGGACUCAUUUGUCAUCAAUGAAAUCAAAUCUGAUCAAGGCACACUACAUCUCUUUGGCGUCUUUGAUGGACACGGCAUCGAGGGUCUCAGUGUGAGUAGUUUCUGUAAAGUAAAAAUUUCGAAAAUUUUAAAAUAAAUUUCAUGCGAAGAAUCUUAAAAUAACAGAAGUGCUUAAGAGAUCAGUGAUGAAGGUUGAAUCUGAGCUGAAAAAGACCAGCAUUGAUUGAUCUAACAGCGGGUCUACAUCUUGCUUUGCUGUUGUGAAAGAUGAUAUGAUUUAUUUUGCAAAUACAGGCGACUCUAGAGCAGUGCUUUUUGAAUUCAAAGAACCUGCAAUCCGGGUUCCUCAAGAGGAAGGCAAGGAGCAGACUUGAGAAAAGCCAGUCUCGGUGUUUUCAACUGUUGAUCAUACACCAGAAAUCUCUCAAGAGCGUGAAAGAGUGAUAGACAAUGGAGGUCGGAUCUCCAAAUUUCAUGGUGAUUUAGGUCCCCUCAGAGUAUGGCUUAAGGAUGAGAACAAACCAGGACUUGCGAUGACCAGAUCUAUUGGAGACUAUAUCGCCAAAUCUGUAGGAGUUAUAUGCGAUCCAGAAAUUGAAGUUCAAAAACUUAUACAGAAACAUAGCAUCCUCGUAAUUGGAAGUGAUGGUCUAUUUGAAUUUCUUCAGAAUAGAGAAAUCGGAGAGAUUGUCUGGGAACAUAGAAAUAAACCAGCUAAUGAGGUAGCUAAAAUUUUAGUCAAAGAAUCAGUCAAGAGAUGGAAGGAAAAGGAAACUGUCAUUGACGAUUGCACUUGAAUCGUCAUUUAUAUAACAAUUUAACACCUCUUUGAAUAGUUUCUUAAUUCAAUUU